AUGGUGACCCCACUUGUCCGGGCUGCUUGGCGGCGCAAGCUGGCCGGGCUCCCCUCGCUGCGACCUCCGCGAUCACGCUUCCAGUCCACGGGUCCUGGCCCGAAACCAACGCCGCCGAAGCCCCACGAAGCCCCGGCCCCGAAUGCGACGACGACCCAUGCGCCGCCAGCCAGUCCCCCCUCGAUAUGGCAGCGGCUGGGCCCCGUCACCCGCGCCGCCAACGCCUACUCCAGGGCGAACCAGAGGCGCCCCUGGGUGACCCAGGUGACCAGCUCUCUGAUCAUCUUCCUGCUCGCAGACCUGAACGCGCAGAGGAUUGGCGGGAAGGAAUACGACCCCAUACGGACCCGGAACAUGCUCAUCACGGGCGCCGUAUUCUCUAUCCCUGCCUAUGAGUGGUUCAAAGCCCUCAGCGGCUGGUUCGUCUUCCGCUCGUUCGCGCUCUCGGUCGUCACGCGCGUCAUAUUCAACCAGUUCACGUUCGCGCCCCUGUUGAACACCUACUUCUUCUCCAUGCAGGCCUUCUUGACCGGCGGCGAUAUCGUGGAGCGGAUCAAAGAGAAGGUCCCGGUGACCUGGACAAACAGCUGGAAGCUCUGGCCCGCCGUCAUCGCCUUCAACUUGGCCUUUGUCCCCAUACAGUUCAGGGGCGUGGUCGCUGGUGUUGCGAGUGUUGGCUGGCAGACCUACCUUAGUAUUCAGAACAAGAAGGCAGAGAUGGAAGAGGCCAAGCGGGAAGCUACAGAGCCUAUCGCGGUAUUGGGGGACGCUAUUGCAUAG